AUGAGUGGCAUAUUGAAGCUAAAUUCAUUUUUAGCUAGGAAAAUUUUCACAGCAGGAAAGGUCAGCCUACCUCUGCCGACUGUUUCGCGAGCGCUGCACAUCCACGUGGACAGAAAGAACGCCAACGUUUCGGAUGCCGUUUCCAAGGUGUAUCCGGUGGUCGAUCACACGUUCGACGCCAUCGUGGUGGGGGCGGGCGGGGCGGGACUGAGGGCGGCCGUCGGCCUAUGCCAGGAGGGCUUCGAGACGGCCGUCAUCACGAAGCUGUUUCCUACUAGGUCGCACACGGUGGCCGCGCAGGGAGGGAUCAACGCUUCGCUAGCCAACAUGGAGGCGGACACGUGGCAAUACCACAUGUACGACACGGUGAAGGGCAGCGAUUGGCUGGGCGACCAGGACGCCAUCCACUACAUGACGCGCGAGGCGCCCAACGCCGUCAUCGAGCUGGAGAACGCCGGCAUGCCCUUCUCCAGAACCACCGACGGCAAGAUAUACCAGAGGGCGUUCGGUGGGCAGUCGCUCAAGUUCGGCAAGGGCGGACAGGCUCACAGGGCGUGCUGCGUGGCAGACAGGACCGGUCACAGCUUGCUGCACACCCUGUACGGCCAGACCUUGCAGUACGACAAUUGCAAGUACUUCGUGGAGUACUUCGCAUUGGAUCUGCUGUACGAGGACGGCGAAUGUCGUGGGGUGAUAGCUUUGUGUUUGGAGGACGGGACUUUGCACAGAUUCCGCGCCAAAAAUACGAUUCUGGCCACUGGCGGCUACGGCAGGGCCUACUUCUCGUGCACGUCGGCGCACACGUGCACCGGCGACGGCUCCGCCAUGGUGUCCAGGAUCGGGCUGGCCCUCGAGGACCAGGAGUUCGUGCAGUUCCACCCGACGGGCAUCUACGGGGCGGGCUGUCUCAUCACGGAGGGGUGCCGCGGGGAGGGCGGGUACCUCAUCAAUUCGGAGGGGGAGCGGUUCAUGGAGCGGUACGCGCCCGUCGCGAAGGAUUUGGCUGGCAGGGAUGUAGUGUGCAGAAGCAUGACGCUGGAGAUUUUGGAAGGUCGAGGUGUGGGGCCAGAAAAAGACCACGUGUACCUGCAGCUGCACCACUUGCCCAUCGAGCAACUCCAGAUGCGGCUGCCCGGAAUCAGUGAAUCGGCGAUGAUCUUCGCUGGCGUGGACGUGUCCAGGGAGCCCAUUCCGGUCAUACCGACCGUGCACUACAACAUGGGCGGCGUGCCGACCAACUACAAAGGACAAGUGUUGAAAACUGUAGAUGGCGUCGACGAAAUCGUCAACGGUUUGUACGCGUGCGGCGAAGUGGCUUGCACUUCGGUGCACGGCGCCAAUCGCUUGGGAGCCAACUCGCUGCUGGACAUCGUCGUUUUCGGCCGCGCCUGCGCCAUCACCAUAGCCGAGGAACACAAACCGGGCGAGUCGAUCGGCAGUCUUAGAGAGAACGCCGGAGAGUCCUCGGUGGCCAACCUAGACUGGUGCAGGUUCGCGCAAGGCGCCACCCCCUCCUCGGUGCUGCGUCUGCAAAUGCAAAAGGUGAUGCAACGCGACGCCGCCGUCUUCCGCACAGCCGACUCUCUGAAGGACGGCGUCCGCAAGAUGACCGACAUCUACGGCAAACUGCACGACCUCAGGGUGAACGACACCAGCCUGAUUUGGAACUCGGAUUUGGUGGAGGCGCUCGAGUUGCAGAAUCUGCUGUUGAACGCGCUGCAAACGGUGGCGGCAGCCGAGAACCGCAAGGAAAGUAGAGGGGCGCACGCCAGAGAGGAUUACAAGGUGCGAGUGGACGAGUACGAUUAUACGAAGCCGCUGGAGGGGCAGCAGAAGAAACCAAUGUCCGAACACUGGAGAAAACACACCUUGACGACGAUCGACGAAAAGACUGGAAAAGUUUCGAUAACCUACCGGCCCGUCAUCGACGAAACUCUCGACGAAAAGGAGGCGGCGACGAUUCCACCAUCGAUCAGGUAUUACUAAGAAUGUUGUUCGAUCGGGUGAUUCGAUGA